UUACUAAGACGUCGACGAUUGUCGCUUGAAAAAAUGACGACACGGAGGAUGCUGUCUAAAACAUUGGCACAUUUGCAUUCUGGGGAGCUUGAGGAAUUCUGCCUACAUGUUGAAUUGGAGAAAGGUGUCCCCCUCCUCUCAGAACUCGAUCUAAAAUCAAUAGACUCAGAGAAAAUAGAGGAGCUGAUGGUGAAGAGAUGCAGCGAGGAGGAGUGUGUGAAGUUGACCAGAAAUAUCUUAAAGAAGAUGAACAGGACUGAUCUCGUGAAGAGAUUGUUUGAUGACAGACGGGAGUCCGAAGAAGAACACUCUAUGGAUGAAGAGCCGCUUUCACUGACCCAGAGGGUGGAAAAGAUGACAUCUGUUAUAGAACUGCUUGUGGAAAUCAUGGCUUACCUAACAGAAGACCAGUAUGAGGAAUUCAAGAAGUUGAUCAGAUAUGAAGGCUACGAAACAUAUAAUUCAUACAACCCUCGUUUGCUGUGGCAGACAAACCAUCAGGACAUUGCGUGUGUUACAGUUUUGACUUUUGGUCAAAACUCUGUUGUGAAGACGAUGAAGAUUUUAAAGAGGAUGAACAGAACAGAUCUGGUGCAGAAGUUGUUGGAGACCAGCUCAAGUUUCAAAAAGAAACCCUCAGAUGAACCACGCUCUGUCCUGUUGGAGAAAGUAGCAACAAUUGCAGCUGUUAAAGACCUGCUUUUGGAAAUCCUGCAUUCUUUAAAUAACGGGGAGCUCAAGAAAUUCAAGAAGUUUCUACUGUCUGCCUUUCAAACGGACUCCAAAGACAUCCCAUAUUUACUGAGACACUCAAACGAGCGUACAGAAAUAUUGGAUGUGAUGGUGCAGACCUACGGACGACAGUCUGUGGAUGAGACCAGAAAGAUUUUAAAGAAGUUGCACAGAGAUGAUCUCGUCCAGAUGUUUUCAGAGACUAGUUCAGAACCCAAAGUGGAUGAGCAUCAACCUCCAGUCUUUGAAAAAACGGUAAAGGAAGAUGUGAAACAUGUUCUUUUGGAAACAUUGAGUGGUUUGAAACUUAAGGAGUUUGAGAAAUUUAAGUGGGUGCUGCAGCUCACAGACUUCCAGAGGAGUUUUACACGAAUCCAGUGGUACGACAUGGAGUGGGCAACAACUCCAGAUGAACUGGUGCAUCUGAUGGUGAUGAACCAGCAGCCUGUGGAGGUGACCAAAGAGGUUUUAUUGGACAUGAACAGGACUGAUCUAGUUGAGAGGCUGAUGGGGACAGACUCAGGACUUCAAGAAGAACACUCUAUGGAUGAAGAGCCGCUUUCACUGACCCAGAGGGUGGAAAAGAUGACAUCUGUUAUAGAACUGCUUGUGGAAAUCAUGGCUUGCCUAACAGAAGACCAGUGUGAGGAAUUCAAGAAGUUGAUCAGAUAUGAAGGCUACAAAACAUAUAAUUCAUACAACCUUCGUUUGCUGUGGCAGACAAACCAUCAGGACAUUGCGUGUGUUACAUUUUUGACUUUUGUUCAAAACUCUGUUGUGAAGACGAUGAAGAUUUUAAAGAGGAUGAACAGAACAGAUCUGGUGCAGAAGUUGUUGGAGACCAGCUCAAGUUUCAAAAAGAAACCCUCAGAUGAACCACGCUCUGUCCUGUUGGAGAAAGCAGCAACAAUUGCAGCUGUUAAAGACCUGCUUUGGGAAAUCCUGCAUUCUUUAAAUAACGGGGAGCUCGAGAAAUUCCAGAAGUUUCUACUGUCGGCCUUUCAAACGGACUCCAAAGACAUCCCAUAUUUACGGAGACACUCAAAUGACCGUACAGAAAUAUUGGAUGUGAUGGUGCAGACCUACGGGCGACAGUCUGUGGAUGAGACCAGAAAGAUUUUAAAGAAGUUGCACAGAGAUGAUCUCGUCCAGAUGUUUUCAGAGACUAGUUCAGAACCCAAAGUGGAUGAGCAUCAACCUCCAGUCUUUGAAAAAACGGUAAAGGAAGAUGUGAAACAUGUUCUUUCGGAAACAUUGAGUGGUUUGAAACUUAAGGAGUUUGAGAAAUUUAAGUGGGUGCUGCAGCUCACAUACUUCCAGAGGAGUUUUACACGAAUCCAGUGGUACGACAUGAAGUGGGCAACAACUCCAGAUAAACUGGUGCAUCUGAUGGUGAUGAACCAGCAGCCUGCGGAGGUGACCAAAGAGGUUUUAUUGGACAUGAACAGGACUGAUCUAGUUGAGAGGCUGAUGGGGACAGACUCAGGACUUCAAGAGAAACAUCGGCCUGAACAGCCCCAUCAAACAUCCACCAUAACAUCACUUCAUUGGACACUUCGGCAAACAUUGAGAGGCUUAAGAUAUGAAGAGCACGAGCUAUUCAAGCAACACCUGCUGCAUAUCACCCAACAAAAAGGCCUCCCAGAAGCCCCAGAACAACAAAUGAAGAAGGCAGACAUGGAUGGUAUAGUGAUGCUGAUGGUGGAGAUCUAUGGCCAACAGUCUGUUGAGCUGACCAAAGACAUUUUACAGAGAAUGAACAGGACUGAUCUGGUCAGAAAGUUGUCAGAAAGCAGCUCAGGAUUCAACACUGAGAAGAAACUUCAGCAAAAAGAUCCACAACAUGAAUCAACCAUGACACCGGUCCAUUCACAGCUUUUAGAAACACUAGAAGAAUUAGGUUCAGGGGACCUGGAGAAAUUCAAACAUGCCUUGCUCUACACUAAAAUGAAAAAAGGGCUUCCAAAAAUCCCAAGAGACCAAGUGGAGACCGCAGACAAAGAUGAGAUAGUGAAGCUGAUGGUGGAGAUCUAUGGCCAACGCUGUGUGGAGGUGACUAAAGAUGUUUUAGAGAGGAUGAACAGGACUGAUCUGGUCGGAAAGUUGUCAGAAAGCAGCUCAGUAUCUAAAGGGCCUUUUGGUUGUGUGGAGCCUGACGACUGUGGACAAAAAAUGCCGGACUCUGGUCACUGGACCAAACUUGAUCCUGAAGUGAACAGUACUGAUGGAGAUGAGUCUCCUACAUACAGCCUACAGAGUGAAGCAGGAAACUGUUUUGAAUGCAAUGUCUCCGGCAUUCGCUGGAUCUGUAAGGAUAAGGUCAGCUUUCAGUACAAGUUUUGCUCUUGGGAGGAACACAUUGAGAGGAUGGAAAGCUUGAAAUACUUGCCUGCAGGUCCUCUAAUGAACAUCAAAGUCAUUGCUGGAAAGUUUGAUGAAGUGUACCUGCCACACUGGAUCUGCAUAGACGGCAACACUGACAUAUUAGGAGAGUUUGCCGUCCUCCACAUCGAUGACUGUGGUGAUGUUGUGGAACAAGUUUCUGAGGUCACGCCUUGCCAUGUCAAGUUAGCUGAACCAGUUUUCUCGUCAAAGGGGGUUCUGAUCAGAGUUGGUGCACGUGUGAAAACACGCUGCAGCGUGUUGAUAUUUAAGAACAACAAAGCAUUCCUCAAGCUCAAUGUUUAUCUGAUCCCAUGUGAUCCUGGUCUUCGAGAGGAAAUUCUCAAGAUUGAAUCAACCAAUGGAAACAAAGAAAUUCGAAAACCACCUGAAUAUAAGCCCUUGAGAAUGAAGGAUCGUUUUAUUUUAUCAACCGAUAUGGAUGGUGCAGUAGUUCGUCCCAAAGAAGUCAAGCUCAAAUAUGAAUUCACUGAUCCACAGUACUUUCAAGUAUGUAUAAGAAAUCCAGACGCAGACUUCCUCCUCGAGCUUACAAAAAAAAAUGAGAGUAUACCAGUGUGGACCUGCACAAUUGAUGAAGAUGAUUACCAAACCAAUUCCCGUGCGCCAGAUGAUUACCAAGGCACUUCCCAUGCACCAGCUGCAAGACCCUCAGCCGGAGCAACUGGUGUAGAUACCACAUCAGAUGACAAACACUUUGUGGAUAAACAUAGAAUCCAGCUCACCGAAAGAGUGAGCCACAUGGAACCCAUUCUGGAUCGUCUCCUCGAGAAAGGUGUCCUCCAGGAAGAGGCUUACAAUAAAAUCAGAGCUCUGCCCACCUCUCAGCAGAAGAUGAGAGAGCUCUACAGCGGUUGCCUGAAAGCUGGUGCUGCUAGCAAAGCUAUCUUCUACGAUAUCCUUCUGGAAUUUGAGGAAUUUCUCAUUGACGACCUCAAGACAAACCACUAAAUGUUGGGGUGAAAUCUGUUUUAGACCAAAACCCGUUUUUAAUACAUGAAUAAUUGGGAAAUAUUCAUUGUAAUGUUAUGUCUCUAUGUGGGUUUUCCUAUUUGACUUUUGACCAGAUUCAGCAAAUUUUGAUGAUCAUGCAAAAAUAAUGAACACAAUUUAUAAUUGAAGAGCUCUCCUUUUUUAACCUCAUUAAUUGAUGUGAAUUAAAACCGAAUUAUAUGAAUUUUGCCAAA